CCUCUUGGUAGAAAGUAUAGUCCAAGAACCAUCUAUAUUAUCGAAAAAAUCUAAAAAAAUGUGUACCAAACACUAAGUGAUGUGUUAUCAACAUCUAAAAGUGCGUCUGCAACAUCAGAUUUUUUCGCGUUAAUGUAGAAUACCACAUUUCUACCAAAAAGGAAAGAUGGCGGUACAAGGUGCUCUUUUCUCAAUUUUUGACCAGAAUCUGCUUCCUGAGCCUGGAAGUGGACUGCACACCGAAGAUCUCCGCACGCACUUCUUCCCCAAUGCGGUGGAGGAGAGUUAUCUUGUGGGCGGACCAGCACCAGUUGUACGUUUUCCAAGGAACAAGACGAGUUUUUUGACAUUCAAGGAACAACAUGAAAUACACAUCAAGCAUGAUGAUCAUGGUCAUCAUGAUUCCUUCAUCGUCCAUCAGGAGAACCAGGAGUACAGCACGAAAACGACGACGACGACGUCCUUCCUAGAAGGAUCAGGUACAACAGGAACACAAACAUCAAAACGCCAGAAAAGAACGACGUUCACCUUCCUAGAAGGAUCACCAGGUGGUCGGUCUUCUGGAAUAGCACAUCAAACCAGGAAACUACACCAGUCCACAUCAACAAGUUGUAGAACUACGACCAGACGACGAGGAAGGUUGCGUAAUACGGCGUUUUUUGUCGACAAAUUCGUAGGGAACUUCGUGAAGGAGGCGAAAAGUGCAGUCGAGUACAGCGUCAAGAAAAUUGGCAAGGAUCUCAACGACUAAGACAAGGCUCAUGAUAAUCAUUGAAGUCGUCCUUCCUCUUCCCGUGUCCCCUAUCGUUUUAUCUCGUCUUCUACUCCACCACCUUGUAUAAUAUUUCUACGUCUACUUGAUAUAAUUCAUGAAAUUGUCUUAUUUGUCUUUCUACUUAUUAAAUGUCGUCUCCAUAACACACACAGAGCACAAAGAAAUCCGGCGGGAUCGUACGCGUCGCCCGGAGCGCAUCAAAACAAACAAACCAACAAAUGUUGUCUUCCUCUUUAUUCUAUCACAUGAGACUCAUGCCGUGCCAUCUAUCACAACUAUCUUCUUUUAUUUCUAACGCCUUCUCGGUAAGGAGCAUGAAGAGUAUAGUAUGUGGGCUGGCCGAGACGCUGCGGGUGGCGACGAUCAUCCGGAUCCAAUGGCCGGUUUGGGAAGAGCCGCAGCUCUUAAAGAAGAGGCGGAAAAAAUGAAACCAGACAGUGUCGAGCUCGAGAAACGUUUGCAAGCUGCAGGCUUACCAAAUGAAAGAGAAGAAGCUCUUAUGGAAGAUGUUGGUCAUGAUCAUUGCGAUUGGGAGAUUUUUAGCACUUUUUCGACGUGGGUGAAGAAUAUUGUUGUUAGAUGGAGGGUGAUUUUUAGCACUUUUUCGACGUGAAGAAUAUUGUUCAUGUUCUUAGAUGGAGGUGCUGGACAUACUUGAGUGAAGAAGUACGAGUUGUAGAUAACGAGAAUAUGUGGUUGUUCUGGUUGUUGUAGGAUCCUAUCGUCCGUGUUCAAGUUGCUGUUGGUUGUAUGGUAACCAGUUUUCGAAGUUUCCAAGUCGCAUCCUUCAUUACAAUCUGCGUCUUCUAACUCCCCAAUCGAUACCGAUGAUCCAGUUUCUACCUACGCGCCCAGCGAGGCCUUGACAGGGACAGCGUAUGCGAAGCAGAUGCCCAGUGGUGGCUUCACGUAUGAGAAUUUGCAAUUGGAUAGAGCGGCUUCCUACCGAAACGAGCGCACCUUUGCGACGCAUUGCGACAACAAUUAAGGGCGGCUACAAUUUCAAUAUACGUAAAAGCAUGUUGAUCUUUUCGUUUCACCUUUCACGCACGGCCUUGCUCAUUCUUGAUCCCGAUUCUCAAGUGGAAGAAACGGGCGCCAGGAUGCUGACAUCCAGACUGAUUUAUCUUUACGGCAGCUCUAAAUUGAGCAUCAUGACGUUUGCGAAUUGGUUCGUCCUGGAGUUGGUGGCAGUGGACGUAAAGGAGUUGGUCCUUCCUGGAGUUGGGGGACUGACAAAAUCGGAGUUCCUAAUUGCUAUCGGACAGCAAUAUCAGUGUACAAUGGUCAACACUUACGGGAAAACUGAAUAUAAUAUUAUAGUUUUUUCUAGUUAGUGUUCGGCUUAGGUCUGCUCGACCACAAAAGAGUAUAGUGGGAAUGCCAAGUAGAAUCUAUCAUACUUCAUCCAGUGAAAACAGACGAGACGAGCACGAGCACAUCAAGUUGUACUAGAGGAAGAAGAAGGUUUCAAUUUCUCCGACAACUUUUGCUAUGUACUAAGAGAGGGUUGCAAGAAGAUAAAAAUGAGGAACUAAUAGAACGUGAUGAAGAACUAGUACGCGAAUCAGAACCACCAUGAAGAUUGAUAACUACAGUACUACUAGACAUACCAACUUCUAAAUCAUAAUUGCAAUUGUCGAGACCAGUGUGGAGAACCUGAGCAAUGUCCAGCCGGCCUUUGCGCGCUUUCUGCUUCUGGAGAUUGUCGUUUCAACAGUCACAUGCGCAAGCUCGAUCCGGAGACACUUCCUUUAUUUAAGACAGGAACAGUCGAAAGACCACUGAUAAUCCAGCAACGAGGUAGAUUGGCGGGGAGAAGUCACCAGGGCUGAUUGCAGUCCUAGGCAGAUUGCUGAACAAUAGAUUCACGUCAAGGCUACCCCUAAUCUGUCUGCGCAUCUUGGCGCUCCCUGUCCCAUGUAUUUAUCAGGGGGAAACAGCUUGAAGAUGAGUCCCAAGAUGGAAGACUAGGGUGGGUUCUAAUUUAUGCUCCUGUGCUGGUGCGUGUCCCCCAUUGCGUCGUUGUCCAGUGGAAUUCGCUGGUCAGCAAGUCUGCGCGGAGAAAACAGUCGUGGUAGAGGAAAAGAACGAUGGAGAAGCGUCGAAUGGAGCUGCUGGUGAAGCGGGUAAAAACGCGCCGUCCUCGGCACCUAAAAAAGAAGUGAAAAUUAAGGCACAGAGUUCUUAUCGUUCAAGAUUUUGGACGACUGUUAUGCAGUACCUUCUCUUAGUGUCAAUCCCUCGUCUACUGGCUACUGGAAGGCACAAGAUGAAUAGCUACAGCGUGGUCAUCGGCACUGAAGAAGGAUCAGUUGUCAUACCCCUGGACCUGGAGUGGGUACAUUCAUUCAUUCAGAAGCUACUUACUCCCAAGAAUCCUACCUCUAUUUUUUUGUCCUACUGUCUAGACUACGCUAGUAGCCUACGGUAGUACCUCUAAGACCAAGUGUGUUGAGAUUCCUGGUGCGCGGACUCCGUUUUCGUGUUCUUGCGAAGGAGUUUGUUCACUCCCAGACUGCCCGGAUGCAAAGUGCGAGUUUACGCAAGUCCCUACUUCGUCGUCUGGGGAAACUCCGCCACUCUUCUAUUGCGGAAAAACGCCUCAAACGAUGAAAGAAGAAGGAACAGGUGCGCCUGCCUGUAAUUGUCGAGAAAGAGACGAGCUGUGCGGGGGAAACAGGCGUCCUUUGCCACUCAGACCCAAAUCAGAGUUGCUAAAAGCCUACACGAAUGGCGGCCCUCUGGCGGUUUUUGGUAAGCAAGUACUCUAAAAAGGGUAUGUAGUAUUGAAAAGACUCUGUCUCCUUAUAUGCGUUGAAAAGUAGUAGGAGCAUUUCAAGUUCAUCUUGAGCUCGUAGUUGUUAUUUCAAAACCACUAUUCAGGAUUAGCUGCUACUAAACAGAAAUUGUAGUUCGGUCCACCUUUUUACCCAAGAUGAACAUCAUGUUGAUUUUCUAAUUUUCACAAUUACUUGUGAUCUUCUCGAUCUCCACAGGUUUUGGGCUCGAUAAGUUGAAGUUUCACGGUGAUCAUUUUCUCGAGGCUGCAACUGGGGGAUCAGCACCGGGACAAGCACCUGCUUACACUGAAGCCCUACGCAGUAUUCAGAAAGGAGUAACAGCAGGAAAGCGGAAAGCCAUGGAAGCUCUCGGUUACAAAUUCGGCACCGAUCCGUUGAAACCUCUUAAGUUAUGGAACAAGCGCAGUACAACAAUUCUUGUGAAUAAUGGACACUAUUUCUGAAAUGAAUGUAACAGAUACUAGUGAUGUCACUAUCUGAUAGGUAUCACAGGGAAAAAUCCACAAAAGAUAUUCUCCAAGCACGGCUAGCACAGUUGCGUGCUCUCUAAAGCCUGAUGAGAAUGGAGAACUGAAGACCGUUGACUUCCCUUCUGCGCAUUGGAUCCUGCUUUCCGAAGCGGUGAAGUGGCAGCAAGUGUUGUCCAGCAUCGACCGACUGGCGAUGAUGUGGUUCCGUAUCGUUUUGAAUCCGAUUUUAGACCUGUUCGCAUCCUCACCUUUGGGCACCAACGCCGUUCUGCGUGGCGCGGCGCCGGACGUAAUUCGCGAUUUCGUAUUGUCCAAGUCUGGCGCUCUACGAGGCGGAUCGUUGAACGCUAUAGAUCCAACGGAUCUGGCUAGUGCGACUUUGACUACUUCUUCGUCCAAAAGUGGAGAAGUAUUUGGCAGUGUCCUAAGUGAAGCUACGGCGAAAGCGAGUAGUAGCUCUCCAUUUCCGCUUCCGCGUGGUGUGCAGAUGGUAGGUACUGCGAUGAAGAGUUUUUCACGGUACUUAUCCGAGGGGUUAGGUGUUUUCGGAGCAGGAGCUGCAGUCCAUCGUGAUCCGCACCAUGGUGAGAAGCUGAGUCGACCAGAUUUCUUCCGAGAUUCGCAGGCGAUCUUAGAAGCAGCAGGCGAUAUUCAGGCAGCACCAGGAGGCAGGGGCACUGGAGUCUACCCCUAUGGCAUAUCACGUAAGACCUUGGAUCCAGCAGAGAUGCCGUUGGAUACGAGCAACGAGCCCCAAUUGCUUCUGUUCCACAAAUCGAAAAGCAUACUCGCAACGGACAUCGCUAAUGCGAACGAAUUUUCGUACUAUAAUUGGUGUUCUUGAUUAAGACUUUUUUUCUUAUGAUCCUAAUAAUGCGAAUGUGAUGGUCGUUUAAGUAGACAUUUUUUGGUAUAAGAUUACUACAAUUUUUUUGUUCAAGUCCUUUUUGUGUUGCAAAAAAAACUAGAACUACCUCAUCUAUGAAAUAACAUCUCUCACAACGCUCAGAAACUUCAACACGUAAAACACAAAAAUAUCAGUUGUUGGGCGACCGGUGAGACCACUCCAGUAGGCAGAACUCGGCAUCCGUGGAUUAAGUUUGACCGCCCUCUGCACAGAAUUCAUGUGAGACUUCAGGACAUGCAGACUCAUGACGUAAAAUGGGAUGCCAUUUACAAUCUGCAUGGAACCGAUGUGCUCAUUAUGAAUUUUUGUUGAUUGAACUUUCAGUGAUUGUUCAUGCUGAUUGUUUCUAUCUAUUUGUAAUGACAUAGUAUGUUAUAUUUGUUAUAAUGUUUUUGUUGUCCUUUGGAUUUUGCAAAGAACUCCACGAACAGCUAGUAGUAGACCACAGAAACAGGCUUCCUUUUAUUUUGACCUGGUUUGACUUUUGAUGGAAACCAAAGUCCAAGUCGAUUUUCUGAAGUUUUAUUAAGGUGAUCUUCAUCGACUCUACUACUACUAGCCACUGAAUAUUAGAAGCCACUACUUCCUUCAAAUAGAACACAACUUCAUCAUGGACCAAGAAGAGUAGAAGAAGCUUAACAGCAACCUCCUUCUUUCUGAAGGUUUAUCAUGAGCAAAGGGGAAUAGUUUACAAUGCGUAUCCUUCUAAACCAGAGCCGAAUGCGGCAGCUUUGGGUGGGACACGACCUGACAUGUGGACUUUUUGCAUUCCACCAGCAGAAGUGACACCCCACAAUUUCAUACUCGACGUGCGUAUGGUCGGCACCGGUUUUGCACCGCUUGACGGAUAUAGAUCCUUUUUGUUAUGAUAGAAUAGUAUGCCCACUCUGUUUGUAUAUAGAUGAGUACUCUGAGGCAUCCUGACAUGACAUGACACGGAGUACGAGGCAGAGUCAUAGUCUCUUUGUCUGUUGAAGACUUCAAUGACUUGUUUUUGAUGUGCUGGGGUAAUUUUCACGUAGACAUCAAUUGUUUAUAAUUUUUCUUCUAGACGAUUCUGAUUUUCUUCUCUUAAAGUUAAAGAACUUAUCUAUGUAUAAGAAAUAUCAAAUAUCUACUUGACAAUCAUGAGCCUCUUCCUCUUUUUCUAACUCCGGGCUCAGCCUUGGUGCAGCAAUUUACGCCUUCCCACGCACCAGAGAGCUACGCAUUCCAGAUGCCUACGGCCAAUCCGAAAUUUCCUAAUUUUGUGGGCAGUGUGAUCGAAGGAGCUAGAAAAAACCGGGAAUGGGAAGCUAUAAAAUUGUAGCACUUGAUCUUGGUGGAAUGCUUGGACGAGUGGAGGAAAACGGGCGAGUGCUUCGCAUAUUAUAAAUAUUGUUUCUUGGAGGAUCUCUUGGAGCCGAGAGACAGGGAACUUACAAGAAGCCUUUGCAGACUCGAUGAAGGAAGAUUCGCUUCUUUUUCACACGAGGACCACGAUGUUGAGAAUCUUUUUGGAGUGGUCGUCAUCAUCCAACGUCCGCGUUGGGGUGAUGUUGACUAGGGGAGAUGAAGAAGGGUAUGAUGUAAAUAAUUUUUGUCAGGGGAUUGAGAUUGGAGCAUCGUAGCGUGCUGUCUAUGGACGACAUCCACGUGAUUUUUGUCUUAUCACUUUUGAUAGCGAUCAGUUGUAUUCGCGACUUUCAAAUAAAUAUACAUGAAUAGAAAUCUGAUUUUUUUCCGGAUAUUCUCGCUCCC